UGCGCCAUCUAUGUGUCAAGCUGCGAACCAUGUGGAACGAGGCCUGACGACCACUCAACACAAUCACACAACUGGAUCGAUCAAGUACUACGAAGUUCCUGAAGAAAACGCUAGAUGGCAGCACUAGAAGAUUUAUACUUAUGAAUCGUCUAUAAAAUCCCGUGCGCACCGAGGCGCGCUCUCUUUACCACGAUAUAUUUCAACCGUCAUAUACCUACCUGCUUGUGUAUAUUAAGUUUAUAUUUAUACUUAAAUAAAUAAUUUUAAAUCAAGUAAUCAACACAAAUAUUCAUUGAAGAGCAUCCUAAUAGCUAGACCCUUCAGAAACUAGAAGAACUGCUGAGCUGUAGACGAUUAGACAUUAACAUAUGGUCCUUCGAGCCGGAUACCAUAACCAAGAAGAAGCAGCCACGUGAAGCGGUUAAAGGUCUGGCCAAAUCGUUCCCGUCUUCUCCAUCCUCUUUCACCCGAUCUGUGCUAAUACCGUUUUAUUUUAUUCAGUACAACGUGCUACGCGCUGGUCGCAAUCGCCGCCGUAAGGAAACUGUGAGUACCCUCUCUUUAUAAACCGCCAUCAUGACCGAUAGCUCCUCUAGCCUAAAAACCCAAAGUGACCCACGGACAGACUUAAUACGUAACUUAACUAAAAAACGUGGUAAUCUAAAAGGUAGGUUAACUUUGUUUGACAAAUAUUUGAACUCUUUAGACCCGCUUAACUUAUCAGAAGCUCAAAAGUCAGAAUUAAAAUUGCGUAAUGAAAGUAUACCUUCCCUCUUUGAUGAAUUCCAUGCCAUUCAAAGUCAAAUCGAAGAUGCAAUCCCCGAAAGUGAGAUGUUAUCGCAGUUAGAAUACCGUGAAUUGUUUGAAAACAUGUAUUUUAAAUCAUUAGCGUCUGCUCGGUGCCUAAUAGGCAAUAGUGACGUGUCCAAGUGCAACUCAAAAUCUACGAUAAAAUUGCCUACUAUUACGCUACCCACCUUUGAUGGUUCGUAUGACCUUUGGAUCGAAUUUAGGGACACAUAUUUGUCGAUAAUUCAUAAUUCAAAAGAUCUAGAUGAUAUACAAAAGUUUCAUUACCUAAAGUCAUCGUUAAAGGGCAACGCAUUGCAAGUUAUUAAAUCGUUGGAGUGUUCGGCGGACAAUUACGUAAUUGCUUGGGAUUUACUUGAAAAUAGGUACAAUAACAGUAAAUUGUUAAUUCACAAUCAUGUAAAGUCGCUAUUUUCACUACAAUCGUUGCAUAAGGAUUCACCUGCUCAUAUAAGAAAAUUAAUUGACACAGUUCUAAAGAAUUUGCGUUCGUUAAAAUACCUAGGGGAGCCUACAGACCAGUGGGAUACCCUCAUUAUUUAUCUAAUCAUUUCAAAGUUAGAUGUAGAAACGGAGAAAGAAUGGGAAACUUAUAAAGCCACAAUAAAAAAUGAAUUAAAUGAAAAAGAUCCAAGCCAUAAUAAGCUAACCUUAGAUGAUUUGUUUAAUUUCUUAAAAAACAAAGCAGAUAUGUUAGAAAUGAUAAAAACUAAUCACUCUAGCUACACAAGUAGGAAUUCAGGUGAAAACUUUAAAAAACCACAUCAAAACGUGCACAGUUUCGUAUCCAGUUCGGCAAAGAACAAGAAAAGUAAUUACAAUUACCAAUCCCACCGCACUUGCGCAAUGUGCAACGGUGAUCAUUCGCUUUACUCGUGUAAUUCUUUUCUUAACCUAUCCAUAACUGAUAGGGUUAAAUUAGUUACAAACAAAAACCUUUGCCUUAACUGCCUACGAAAAGGGCAUACAACCUCAGAUUGUUAUUUUGGUCCGUGUCGACAGUGUCAUAAAAAACAUAAUAGUUUAUUGCAUAUGGACAACAGUGAGGAGGGCGCAUUACAGUCAUCAUCGUCAGCGGCCAGUCAGGUGUCCCAGGCAACACCCGUCGUUGUACCACCCACCGAUUCAUCUACCAUAUUGCAUUCGACUUCUCAGUCGUCGUCGGGAACUCAAAAUAAUGAUUCCGCGAGCCUCGCAAGCACACAGUAUUUAGAACCGGUUCUGUUAUCUACAGCCAUAGUAGAAGUAUCCGAUUCAAAUAACAAAUACCAUAGGGCUCGUGCGUUACUAGACAAUGGCAGUCAACAUUGCAUAAUCACGCAAUCAUUAUGUAGAAAAAUAGGCGCAAAAUCAAUACAGUCCACUUAUCAAAUCACAGGAGUAGGGCAAUCAAUCACACAGUCAACACACUCUUGUCAAAUUAAACUUCGGUCAUUAAAUACUGAUUUUAGUACAGACAUAAAAUGUUUAGUGUUACCUAACAUUACCUCCAAUAUUCCUUCUAUGGGAAUAGAUAGGAAUUCAAUUCAAAUACCUGAAAACAUAAAACUUGCUGACCCAUCAUUCGGCAUUCCAUCGCAAAUAGACAUUCUAAUCGGUUCUAACUUAUUUUGGGAUUUAUUAGCGGAAGGUAAAAUGCGAUUACCUAGCGGGCCGCAUCUUCAAAAUACACAGUUAGGAUGGAUAAUCUCGGGACCUUUAUACACCGACGGUUUGCGCAUUACUCAAACUCAGUGUAACUUUACAAACACAAUAGACACACAAUUAAGAAAGUUUUGGGAGAUAGAAGAAUUAACUCCUACUGUAAAACAAUGUCUUAGUGCCGACGAACAAGCGUGCGAAGAUAAUUUUACUAAAACAACAAUACGGCUGCCUGAUGGUAGAUUUUCAGUUCGAAUUCCUUUAAAGGAAUCAGUUGAUUCCCUCGGUGAUAGUUACAGUACGGCAAAGGCUAGGUUCUUAUCACUGGAGCGAAGAUUAGAGCGCUCACCUGAUUACAAACAAUUGUAUUGUGAUUUUAUGUCGGAAUAUUUAAGCUUAGACACAUGAGUCCCGAAGAUAAUUUUGAUUUUAAUUCGCCGCAUUAUUUUCUCCCACACCAUGGGGUAUUACGCGAACAAAGUACUUCAACCCGCUUAAGAACUGUUUUUAAUGCAAGUCAAAAAACAAGUUCCGGCAAAUCGCUUAAUGAUAUUCAACAUGUAGGCCCUGCGCUUCACAAUGACCUGUUUUCAAUUCUCUUAAGAUUCAGACAAUACAAAUAUGUCGCGUGCGCCGAUAUAGAAAAAAUGUUUAGGCAAACAUUAAUUCAGGAGGAUCAGCGUAAUUUGCAACUUAUUUUAUGGCGAGAAAAAUGCAGUGAACCUAUAUGUAUUUAUAAACUCAAAACAAUAACAUAUGGCCAGGCCUCAGCCCCAUAUCUAAGCAUGCGUUGUUUACGGCAAUUAGGAUUGGAAUGCAAGGAUGAAAACAUAUCAAAAACAAUGUUAAAUGAUUUUUACGUUGAUGACCUAAUUACCGGAAAUGAUAACGAACAACUGCUCUCAACAAUAUGUAAAGGCGUAAACGAAGUAUGUUUGUCUGGCUGUUUUCCUCUACGUAAGUGGAUAUCAAAUUCCCCUGAAGUUAUUUCAUCUGUCAUGCAAAGUACCGAAAAUUCAAAACCGUUAUCUCUCGGGGAAGAUAACAAAAGCAAAACCUUAGGUAUAGGUUGGCUAAAUAACACUGACGAAUUUUAUUUCACGUCUGAACUGAAUUACAACUCUAAUAAUAUUACUAAACGUUCUAUUUUGUCAACAGUCUCCCAAAUUUAUGACCCACUAGGAUUAUUAUGCCCUGUAGUCAUAGUAGCAAAAAUGUUAUUACAAAAGCUUUGGUUAUGCAAGGUACAAUGGGAAGACCCUUUGCCUAGCGAUGUAGUUAAGUUAUGGGAAAAGUUCGUAAAUUCAUUGAUUUCAUUAGGUGACAUCAAAGUCCCACGACAUGUACUCGGGACGGACCCGUGCAGAGUCGAGUUGCAUAUCUUCACUGAUGCGAGUCAGUGUGCAUAUGGUGCAUGCGCUUAUAUUCGUACUAUCCGUAAAAAUCACGAAGUAGUCGUGCGAUUAUUGUGCGCAAAAAGUAAGGUCGCUCCCAUCAAACCAAUGUCAAUUCCUAGACUAGAGCUUAUGGGUUCAUUAACCGGAGCGCGGCUUCACGAUAAAAUAUUAGAAUCACUUCGAUUACAAUUUGAUAGCAUAACACUUUGGACGGACUCCACGAUAGUGUUAGGUUGGUUAAAAAUGUCACCUAGUAUACUAAAAACAUUUGUUCAAAAUAGAGUUGUAGAAAUUAAUGAUCUCACCAGCAGCUCGACGUGGUUACAUGUAAACGGCAGUCAAAACCCCGCGGAUUUAUUAUCACGCGGAAUGAGCAUAGAUGAACUCAAAGUUUCGCCUCUGUGGCAAACUGGACCUAAAUUCCUACAUGAUAAGGAAGUUACAAACUGGUCACAAAAUAAUACAGAAAAUAUUCAGGAUGAAUCACAAUUACCAGAGUUAAAGUCUAAUGUUAGUGUUAAUUUGACUUGUAAAGAUAAUUCAAAUGAUAAAUUUCCCUUUAACAGGUUUUCUAACUACAGCAGACUUAUACGUGCAUGUACUUACAUGUUUCGUUUUAUACACAAUGCUAGAUCUAAAGAUAAAUCGCAACGCAUUAUCGGGCCGUUAACUACAGCAGAAAUAAAUAAAUCUGUCGUGGUUUUAACAAAAAUUGCCCAGGAGUACAGCUUCCCUUCCGAAUAUGACGCAUUAAUUCAUAAAUUACCUAUAAAGUCCAAUCGGAGUAUUGCAGGUUUAAAUGUUUUUCUCGACAAAAAUAAUAUUAUUAGAGUUGGGGGGAGAUUAGAAUAUUCAAAUGAAUUUUCAUAUGAUAAGAAACAUCCAGUACUGUUAUGCAGUAAGCACUAUUUUACUUUGCUAAUUUUUAGAUACGAACAUAAUAAAUUGCUACAUGCUGGACCCCAACUGUUACUUUCACACGUAAGAGAAAGCUGGUGGGCUUUAGGUGGUAGAAACUUAGCUAAAAAUAUAGUACGUAAAUGUGUGAAAUGUUCCCGUAUGCAAGGACAACUCAUACAACCAAUCAUGGGUAAUUUACCCACUGAACGUUUACAGCCAGGAUUUCCAUUUCUUAGAAGUGGUGUGGACUAUUGUGGACCAAUGUACAUACUAAACAAAAAAGGCAGGGGAGCAAAGCUAGAAAAAUGUUACGUCUGUUUAUUUGUUUGUUUAGCAACUCGAGCUGUGCACUUGGAACUUGUCACUAGUCUGUCAUCCGAAUGUUAUAUAAUGGCUUUGAAACGGUUUAUAUCAAAGAGAGGAAAAUGUCUCCAAAUCACUUCCGAUAAUGGAAAAUGUUUUGUCGGAAGUGCAAAAGAAUUUCAAAAGUUUGUAACUGACAACUCCCAGUCUAUUAUUGAUUACGCAUCAGAUAACAAUAUUGAAUUUAAAUUCAUACCUGCUCGCGCCCCAAAUUUCGGCGGUUUAUGGGAGGGGGGGGUUAAAUCCUGUAAACAUCAUCUUAAACGUGUAGUAGGUAACGCUAACUUACAUUACGAGGAAUUCAUUACGGUAUUGGCACAGAUCGAAGCCGUCCUGAAUUCCCGUCCCAUGCAUCCUUUGUCAACAGAUCCUAAUGAUUUCUCCCCUCUCACCCCGGCGCAUUUCCUAAUUGGCCGACCACUGACUGCACCAGCUGAUGAUGACCUGACGACAAGGCCUACUCCAUCAUUGAGCCGGUUUAAGAGGAUUGAACAAAUGAGACAACAUUUUUGGCAGCGUUGGUCAAAGGAAUACAUUUCAGAAUUACAAUGCCGAACCAAAUGGCAGGAGCAUAAAGGAGAACUGAUACCUAACACUUUAGUUCUAAUCAAAGAAGAUAAUCUCCCACCGCUACAAUGGCGAAUGGGUCGCAUUUUAUCUGUAUUUCCAGGCAAAGACGGCAUCUCCAGGGUGGCUGACAUACGCACUAAAACUGGAAUCACACGACGGGCUGUCUCGAAGAUAUGUCCACUGCCGGUGGAGCCAUCCAGCCCUGAGACGAAGGGCACCACAGAUGACUGAUGAUGAUGCGGCUCCUUGAAAGCUAUCGGGCAGCUUUCAAGGCGGGCGGCAUGUUAAUGCGCCAUCUAUGUGUCAAGCUGCGAACCAUGUGGAACGAGGCCUGACGACCACUCAACACAAUCACACAACUGGAUCGAUCAAGUACUACGAAGUUCCUGAAGAAAACGCUAGAUGGCAGCACUAGAAGAUUUAUACUUAUGAAUCGUCUAUAAAAUCCCGUGCGCACCGAGGCGCGCUCUCUUUACCACGAUAUAUUUCAACCGUCAUAUACCUACCUGCUUGUGUAUAUUAAGUUUAUAUUUAUACUUAAAUAAAUAAUUUUAAAUCAAG